CGCAAGUUCGUGUGAAUUAGAGUAGAUUUUGGAAUCAUCUUUUCCUCUUUACAGUCACAAUGAACGCCCUACUUGUCAAUAGUGUCUAUGCAUCAUCGAUGAUGUAAAGAGAAUUAACAAGCAGUUGUGAAGCCAAAGCGUGUUUGCCAAGUAUAUUAAGGGCAAAGGGCAAAUCUUGGAAGCCGAAUUCCAACCUCCAUUCUAUUCACAUCAUCUCAUUCAUUCUUCCAUCCCAUUUGUCCAACACUUGUUGAAUUCUGCUUCUACCAAGCACUUCAACAUGGCAGAAACGAUGCAGGCAAUCAUCAUCCCCAGCUUCGGUGGCCCUGAUGUCCUCACUUAUAGCACCGUUCCAAAACCUUCACCAGUCCAAGGAGAAGUCCUUGUUCAUGUCCAUGCUUUCGGUGUCAACCACGCAGAAAUGCACAUGCGAAGAGGCGAAUGGGAUGAAUGGAAUCCGAUCUCCGGCCUUGAAUGCGUGGGCACCGUCGCCGCAUGUCCAGACGGCUCAAUUCCCGAGAGUACUAAGGUGGCUGCCGUCAUGGGUGGCAUGGGUAGAAGUCGUCCCGGUGGCUAUGGCGAGUUUGUAAAUGUGCCGAUUGCGAAUGUCGUUCCGCUUGAGACGAAUCUUCCAUGGGAGGAGCUGGCUGCGUUGCCGGAAGUGUACUCAACUGCUUGGAGCUGCAUUCACACGGUGUUGGAUGUGAAGAAGGGAGAGACACUUUUGAUCCGUGGUGCAACUUCGACAAUUGGACAAGCUUCACUGAAUUUGGCUGUCAAUGCUGGUGCCAAGGUUACAGCAACUACGCGGAGGACAGAGCGAUUUGAGAUGUUGAAGAAGAUGGGAGCUGUUGAUGCCGUGCUUGAGAAAUCUGAUCUCGGCACAACGUUCCCAGGAAAGAGGUUCGACAAAGUGCUAAACUUGAUUGGAAAUCGAGUUCUGUUGGAAUCGAUCAGUCUCACCAAGGCGGGCGGUCGGAUGUUGCAAGCUGGCUGGCUUGGAGGCCUAGCACCUGUGAAAGACUUUAAUCCAAUGGUUGAAAUGGAAUCCGGGGUCCAUUUCAGCUUGUACCAUAGCAAGGUUCUUGGGACAGAAGAUUUUCCUAUGUCACAGAUACCGCUGCAGGAAAUUGUGAAGAAGAUCGAGAACGGAGAAUGGGAUGCCAAGCCUACAUAUGUUUUUGAGUACACGGACAUUCAUAAAGCUCAUGCAUUGUUGGAUUCACAUAAUGCGGGCGGAAAGAUUGUUGUAAAGCGUUGAUU